CUCCUGCCUGCGGGACCCACACCACUGCCGAGAUGGCCGGGGCGUCUGUGAAGGUGGCGGUGAGGGUCCGCCCCUUCAACUCCCGGGAGAUGAGCCGUGACUCCAAGUGCAUCAUCCAGAUGUCAGGAAGCACCACCACCAUUGUGAAUCCCAAGCAGCCCAAGGAGACACCCAAGAGCUUCAGCUUUGACUACUCCUACUGGUCACAUACUUCGCCGGAGGACAUCAACUACGCCUCCCAGAAGCAGGUGUACCGUGACAUCGGGGAGGAGAUGCUGCAGCACGCCUUCGAGGGCUACAACGUGUGCAUCUUCGCCUAUGGGCAGACGGGAGCCGGCAAGUCGUACACCAUGAUGGGCAAGCAGGAGAAGGACCAGCAGGGCAUCAUUCCACAGCUCUGCGAAGACCUCUUCUCUCGAAUCAAUGACACGACCAACGACAACAUGUCCUACUCAGUGGAGGUCAGCUAUAUGGAGAUUUAUUGUGAGCGUGUCCGUGACCUCCUGAACCCCAAGAAUAAGGGGAAUCUGCGCGUCCGGGAGCACCCGCUGCUUGGGCCCUACGUGGAGGACCUGUCCAAACUGGCAGUCACCUCCUACAACGACAUCCAGGACCUCAUGGACUCAGGGAACAAGGCCAGGACUGUGGCAGCCACAAACAUGAAUGAAACCAGUAGCCGUUCCCACGCCGUGUUCAACAUCAUCUUCACCCAGAAGCGCCAUGAUGCAGAGACUGACAUUACCACGGAGAAAGUGAGCAAGAUCAGCCUCGUGGAUCUGGCGGGGAGCGAGCGAGCCGACUCCACCGGUGCCAAGGGCACACGUCUCAAGGAAGGGGCCAACAUCAACAAGUCCUUGACUACACUGGGGAAGGUCAUCUCUGCCCUGGCUGAAAUGGAUUCUGGGCCCAAUAAGAACAAGAAAAAGAAGAAGACUGAUUUCAUCCCGUACCGAGACUCUGUGCUGACCUGGCUCCUCCGGGAGAACCUGGGUGGCAACUCCAGGACUGCUAUGGUGGCAGCCCUGAGCCCUGCGGACAUCAACUACGACGAGACCCUCAGCACGCUGAGGUAUGCGGACCGGGCCAAGCAGAUCCGCUGCAACGCCGUCAUCAACGAGGACCCCAACAACAAGCUGAUUCGGGAGCUCAAGGACGAGGUGACGCGGCUGCGGGACCUGCUCUACGCCCAGGGCCUGGGUGACAUCACCGACAUGACCAACGCUCUGGUGGGCAUGAGCCCCUCCUCCUCGCUCUCCGCCCUGUCCAGCCGCGCAGCCUCUGUGUCCAGCCUCCACGAGCGCAUCUUGUUUGCUCCAGGCAGCGAGGAAGCUAUUGAAAGGCUGAAGGAGACAGAAAAGAUCAUUGCCGAGCUCAACGAGACCUGGGAGGAGAAGCUGCGGCGGACGGAAGCCAUUCGGAUGGAGAGGGAAGCGCUGCUGGCGGAGAUGGGCGUGGCCAUGCGGGAGGACGGCGGCACCCUGGGUGUGUUCUCCCCCAAAAAGACACCGCAUCUUGUCAACUUGAAUGAGGACCCGCUGAUGUCCGAGUGUCUCCUCUACUACAUCAAGGACGGGGUCACCAGGGUGGGCAGAGAGGACGCGGAGAGGCGGCAGGACAUCGUUCUCAGCGGACACUUCAUCAAGGAAGAGCACUGUAUCUUCCGGAGCGACUCCCGGGGCGGCGGCGAAGCUGUGGUGACCCUGGAGCCCUGUGAGGGGGCAGACACGUAUGUCAACGGCAAGAAGGUCACAGAGCCCAGCAUCCUUCGAUCAGGGAACCGCAUCAUCAUGGGCAAGAGCCACGUGUUCCGGUUCAACCACCCUGAGCAAGCCCGCCAGGAGCGCGAGCGGACGCCCUGUGCGGAGACGCCCGCGGAGCCCGUGGACUGGGCCUUCGCCCAGCGGGAGCUGCUGGAGAAGCAGGGCAUCGACAUGAAGCAGGAGAUGGAGCAGAGGCUGCAGGAGCUGGAGGACCAGUACCGCCGGGAGCGUGAGGAAGCCACCUACCUGCUGGAGCAGCAGAGGCUGGACUAUGAGAGCAAGCUGGAGGCCCUGCAGAAGCAAAUGGACUCCAGGUACUACCCAGAGGUGAACGAGGAGGAGGAGGAGCCCGAGGAUGAAGUCCACUGGACGGAGCGAGAGUGUGAGCUGGCGCUCUGGGCCUUCCGGAAGUGGAAGUGGUACCAGUUCACGUCCCUCCGGGACCAGCUGUGGGGCAAUGCCAUCUUCCUGAAGGAGGCCAAUGCCAUCAGUGUCGAGCUGAAGAAGAAGGUCCAGUUCCAGUUUGUCCUCCUCACCGACACCCUGUACUCGCCGCUGCCGCCUGACCUGCUGCCCCCAGAGGCCGCCAAGGACCGAGAGACACGCCCCUUCCCCCGCACCAUCGUGGCUGUGGAGGUCCAGGACCAGAAAAAUGGGGCCACACACUACUGGACACUAGAGAAACUCAGGCAGCGCCUGGACCUGAUGCGGGAGAUGUACGACCGGGCCGCAGAGGUGCCCUCCAGCGUCGUGGAGGACUGCGACAACGUGGUGACCGGCGGAGACCCCUUCUACGACCGCUUCCCCUGGUUCCGGCUGGUGGGCAGGGCCUUCGUGUACCUGAGCAACCUGCUGUAUCCCGUGCCGCUGGUGCACCGUGUGGCCAUUGUCAGCGAGAAGGGCGAGGUGAAGGGCUUCCUCCGAGUGGCCGUGCAGGCCAUCUCAGCUGAUGAAGAGGCCCCUGACUAUGGCUCUGGUGUCCGCCAAUCUGGAACCGCUAAAAUCUCCUUUGAUGACCAGCAUUUCGAAAAGUUCCAGUCUGAGUCCUGCCCUGGAGUGGGCAUGUCACGCUCGGGGACCUCCCAGGAGGAGCUGCGCAUUGUGGAAGGUCAGGGCCAGGGAGCCGAUGCUGGACCUUCAGCUGACGAAGUCAACAACAACACCUGCUCGGCCGUGCCGCCGGAGGGUCUCCUGGACAGCCCUGAGAAGGCUGCUCUGGAGGGGCCACUGGACUCCACCCUGGACCACCUCCGCCUGGGCAGCACCUUCACCUUCCGAGUGACCGUCCUGCAGGCGUCCAGCAUCUCUGCUGAAUACGCAGACAUCUUCUGCCAGUUCAACUUCAUCCACCGUCAUGACGAAGCCUUCUCCACCGAGCCACUGAAGAAUACCGGCAGGGGCCCUCCGCUCGGCUUCUACCACGUUCAGAACAUUGCAGUGGAAGUGACCAAGUCCUUCGUCGAGUACAUCAAGAGCCAGCCCAUCGUGUUUGAGGUCUUUGGUCACUACCAGCAGCACCCUUUCCCGCCUCUCUGCAAGGAUGUGCUCAGCCCCCUGAGGCCCUCACGCCGGCACUUUCCUCGGGUCAUGCCGCUGUCCAAGCCAGUGCCUGCCACCAAGCUCAGCACGCUGACACGGCCCAGCCCUGGGCCUUGCCACUGCAAAUAUGACCUGCUGGUCUACUUCGAGAUCUGCGAGCUGGAAGCCAACGGCGAUUACAUCCCUGCCAUGGUGGACCACCGUGGGGGCAUGCCGUGCAUGGGAACCUUCCUCCUCCACCAGGGCAUCCAGAGACGGAUAACCGUGACACUGCUGCACGAGACCGGGAGCCAUAUACGCUGGAAGGAAGUGCGCGAGCUGGUCGUGGGACGAAUCCGAAACACUCCAGAAACCGACGAGUCCCUGAUUGACCCCAACAUCUUGUCUCUGAACAUCCUGUCCUCUGGAUAUGUCCACCCAGCCCAGGAUGACCGGCAGUUUCUUGAUUCGGACAUACCUAGGACUUUCUACCAGUUUGAGGCAGCGUGGGACAGCUCCAUGCACAACUCCCUGCUGCUGAACCGCGUCACACCGUACCGGGAGAAGAUCUACAUGACCCUCUCUGCCUACAUCGAGAUGGAGAACUGCACCCAGCCCGCCGUCAUCACCAAGGACUUCUGCAUGGUCUUCUACUCCCGGGACGCCAAGCUUCCCGCCUCCCGCUCCAUCCGAAACCUGUUUGGCAGUGGGAGCCUGCGUGCCACAGAGGGCAACCGUGUGACUGGUGUGUACGAGCUGAGCCUGUGCCACGUGGCGGAUGCUGGCAGCCCAGGGAUGCAGCGCCGGCGUCGGCGGGUGCUGGACACGUCUGUGGCCUACGUCCGGGGUGAGGAGAAUCUGGCGGGCUGGAGGCCCCGGAGCGACAGCCUGAUCCUAGACCACCAGUGGGAGCUGGAAAAGCUCAGCCUGCUGCAGGAGGUGGAGAAGACGCGGCACUACCUGCUCCUGCGGGAGAAGCUGGAGACCACCCAGCGGCCGGGCCCCGAGGCGCUGUCCCCCGCCUCCAGCGAGGACUCCGAGUCCCGCAGCUCCUCCGGAGCUUCCUCUCCGCUGUCGGCUGAGGGGCGGCCCUCACCUCUGGAGACUCCCAAUGAGAGGCAGCGGGAGCUGGCGGUCAAGUGCUUGCGCCUCCUCACACACACGUUCAACAGAGAGUACAGCCACAGCCACGUCUGCGUCAGUGCCAGCGAGAGCAAGCUCUCAGAGAUGUCUGUCACCCUGCUUCGGGACCCGUCCAUGUCCCCUCUGGGGGCAGCCACGCUCACCCCCUCCUCCACCUGCCCCUCCCUGGUUGAAGGGCGCUAUGGUACCCCUGGUGUGAGGACCCCACAGCCCUGCUCCCGGCCGGCCAGCCCCGAGCCUGAGCCACUGUCAGAGGCUGACUCCAGGAAGCUCCCGUCCCCCGCCCUAGCGUCCCAGGCAGACAAGGAGCCCCAGCGCCUGCUGGUCCCUGACAUCCAGGAGAUCCGGGUCAGCCCCAUCGUCUCCAAGAAGGGCUACCUGCACUUCCUGGAGCCGCACACGUCCGGCUGGGCGAAGCGCUUCGUGGUGGUGCGGCGCCCCUACGCCUACAUGUACAACAGCGACCGGGACUCGGUGGAGCGCUUCCUCCUCAACCUCUCCACCGCCCAGGUGGAGUACAGCGAGGACCAGCAGGCCAUGCUCAAGACGCCCAACACGUUCGCAGUGUGCACGGAGCACCGCGGCAUCCUGCUGCAGGCCAACAGCGACAAGGACAUGCACGACUGGCUGUACGCCUUCAACCCCCUCCUGGCGGGGACCAUCCGGUCCAAGCUCUCCAGAAGGAGGUCUGCGCAGAUGAGGGUCUGAGCCGGCCGGUGCCCCGCGCCCGCCGGCAGCCUGGCGCCCCACCCCGUGCCAUCUUCUCGUGGUCUGCUGCCCAGCCCUCUCCCUCCAGGGGACGCCCUGCGGGGCCAGCGCCAGCACCGUCGGCCGUGCCGCACAGCCCUUGUGCCCCUAGAGGCUCUGCUGUUGUUGUGUCUUCUUCUAAAAUGGCCCUGGGCAGAGUUGGGAGAGGCCAGAAAGGUCAGAGGGCGCAGGGCCCGGGGUGUCGCUGCCGUGCUAAUAUUUUUUUAAGCAUAGACAGACUUAUAAUUAAUAUACACUAGUUAGUGAUGUUGAAAUGGUCCAUUGAGAAAUUAACUAUUAAGACUGUG